AUGCAGCAUGUACGCAUGGUCCUUACGCGGGGCAUCACUAUGUUCGCCUUCGACUUCGCGGGCUGCGGGCUCUCCGAAGGUGACUACAUCACGCUGGGCUAUCACGAGCGGGAAGAUGUCAGCACCAUCAUCUCGUACCUCCGGGACAGUGGAGAGGUGUCGACCAUUGCAUUAUGGGGCCGCUCCAUGGGUGCGGCAACCGCCCUACUGCAUGGGCACCGCGAUCCAAGCAUUGCAGGUUUGGUCCUGGACUCUCCGUUCUCCAGCCUGGAGAUGGUGGUCAGGGAGCUCAUUGAUAAAGUGCCACUGCGCUUCAAGCCUUCUCUUCUGGUGGCUGCCGCGAUUCGAAUGGUACGGAAGACGGUGCUCAAGCGCACUGGCAUGGACAUCCUCAAGCUGAAACCUAUUGAGAAUGUCCACACAUGUUUUAUUCCAGCUCUCUUCGUGGCUGGUGUCAAUGACGAUCUCAUCGACCCGCACCACACCCACGACAUCCAUGAGCUGUAUGCGGGCGACAAGAACAUGGUGUUGAUUGAUGGAGAUCACAACUCGGCCAGGCCAGAGUACCUGGUGGACAGUGUCUCCAUUUUCUUUUACGAACGACUGUGCAUGCCCGCAGGACUUCCCGGCGAGCUUCCGCCUGUGCAAGUCCCUUUGGGACCGAGCGGCAUGCCGGAGCAGGCUGGAAGCUCAGUGUCAGCUAUCUGGAGUUUCGAUGAACAUUCGACACCACAGGACGCCGGGCAAACAGCGGUGAGAAAUUUUGGCAAUGUCGCCUCUGAUAAUGUGUAA